AUGUUCUUCAGCAAUAGAACCCAAAGUUCCCGAUAUCAUCGAUCAUCAAAUGAUCCUUCCGUCCAACAACAACAAGGAUCAUCGAUAGCUACUCUCGAUAAAAAUCAUCCCAAGGCAAGAACAUUGUGGAUGGGCGAUCUGGAUGAUUCUAUGGAUGAAGACUAUGUAAAAAAGCUCUUCGGGAGUGAUAUAAGACCUUCUAUUGUUUCCGCAAAAAUCAUUCGGGAUAGAAACACAGGAAAAUCAGCAGGAUAUGGAUUUAUUGAAUUUACAACUGUAGAAAUUGCCAAAGCAGUACUUGAAACAUACAAUGGUAAAACAAUACCCUCACUUCCGAAUAAGAUUUAUAAAUUGAAUUGGACCGCUCAACCUGGAAAUGUUCAUAUGCCGAUGAGCCAUACACCUAAGCCAAUGGGAAAAGACGUCGUUUCUGUUUUUGUUGGAGACUUGGCUCCUGAUGUGGAUGAUUACAUGCUCGAACAGGCUUUUAAAGCUAAAUAUCCAUCUGUGAGAGGUGCUAAAGUGGUGCUGGAUCCAAAAACUAAAAUUUCCAAAGGGUAUGGAUUUGUAAAAUUUGCGGACGAGGAAGAGAUGAUGAGAUCAAUGACAGAAAUGCAAGGAGUUUAUAUUUCUUCCAGACCUGUAAAGAUUCAUCACGCUACAAAUAAUUUUAAAAGUCAAGGAAUGGGAUCAGUUGGAGGAACAACAUCACUUUUUUCUAAUGCCAUCCCUCAAACUUUUGUACCUCAAAUACCUCAAACAACAUCUACAUUAGGAGAUGAGCCAACUACAAUCAUAUCUACUGAUCCAUUGGAGCAAGAAAACACAACUGUUUAUGUCGGAAACUUAACUCCAACUACAGAUGAAAAAGUAUUGAGAGAAUAUUUCCAAGGAUAUGGUCCUAUAACGUCUGUAAAAAUACCGACCAACAGUAAUUGUGGAUUUAUCAAUUUCACUAGGACGGAACAUGCUGAAAGGGCUAUUUUAGAGAUGAACGGUAUUGAAAUUCAAGGUAAUCGAGUAAGAGUAUCCUGGGGUAGGAUGCAUAAAAAGCAGCAAAAUCAAAUGGAUGACGAAACAUUAAAACAACGUCAGCUCCAAGCCGCUGUCACAGCAUUUCAAUUUCAACAACAUCAACUUAAAAGUAUGCACGAGAAAAAGAUGAAAGAAGAGGAAGAAAGAAAAAAGUUAGAAUUUGCAACUAGGUUUAUAAAACCUUUUGACAUUCUUCAAGACAACCAAAAAUUUCUAGAUGAGAACAACUGUAUGGAUGUCGACAUGUAUUAA